AUGAGCGGGUGCGGCAGGAAGCACCGCGCGAAGCACCUUACGCGGCAGUUUCUCGACGCCGACGGAUGGAGGGGGCCGGCGGCCGGUGAGUCGAUGGCGGUGUGCGUCGAGUCCCCGCAGGGCCAACAUGUGCGCGUCCUCCUCUUCGAUUCCAGCGGCGCGGGCGACGCCCCCACCGGCAGCUUUAACGGGGCCGUCGACGACACUGGCGUCACGUUGCCGGCGGAGUGCGUCGUCUUUGUCCCUGGGAAGUUCCGCAAGGUGAUUUGGCUCGCGGUGAAGGACGUCAUUGUGGUGGCGGACGGCGCCACCGUCGCCUUCAAGCCAUCGCCCGAUCAACUGAAGGCGUUUUUCCGCGAGAACCCCGAGUGGCAACGGCGCUUGGCCGCGGCGCAGGAAAAGGUAGAGGCGUGCAGGCGCACCGUGGAGCAGCUGCCGCAGUAUGCAAAGACGACGCCCACGACAACCUCCAUGCUGACCAAAGUGGGGGAGGAGGGCUGUUCGAAAGAUUCUGCCGAUGCCGUGGGGGCUGAGGAGCACGAGGAGCGGGGGGACCUGAACCCCAAUCGAAACAACAUUCGCCACAAGGUCCAGUUUUUCUACGAUAGUGAGGAAUGCGGGGAAGAGGAAGAGGAAGAGGAAGAGGAAGAGGAGAAGAAGGAAGAAGAGGAGGAAAAGGAGGGUUAA